AUGGCGCGAGCAGAAAAGGGGAAGAGUGGACAGCGGGCGCCACGGCCCUGCAGCCUGCGGCUCAGGGAGCGCUGCGAGAAGGGGCGAGUGUGGUGCUUUAGUGAACUGUUUUUUAUAAAAGAGCCACAGGAUGUAACUGUCACAAGGAAGGAUCCCGUCGUUUUAGAUUGCCAGGCUCAUGGAGAAGUUCCUAUUAAAGUCACAUGGUUGAAAAAUGGAGCAAAAGUGUCUGAAAAUAAACGGAUCCAGGUUCUGUCUAAUGGCUCUUUAUACAUCAGUGAAGUGGAAGGCAAGCGAGGAGAGCAGUCUGAUGAAGGGCUUUUUCAGUGCUUGGCAAUGAACAAAUAUGGAGCCAUUCUUAGUCAAAAAGCACAUCUUACGUUGUCAACUAUUUCUGCGUUUGAAGUUCAGCCAAUUUCUACUGAGGUCCACGAAGGUGGAGUUGCUAGAUUUGCAUGCAAGAUUUCUUCAAACCCUCCUGCAGUCAUAACAUGGGAAUUAAAUCGGACAACCCUCCCUGUAACUACGGACAGGAUAACAGCCCUCCCAACGGGAGUAUUGCAAAUCUAUGACGUUGGUCAAAGGGAUGCUGGAAAUUAUCGUUGUGUUGCUGCCGCCGUAGCCCACAGACGUAAAAGUGCGGAGGCUUCUCUGACAGUGACUCCAGCUAAAGAGUCUAAUUCCUUCUACACACCAACCAUUAUAGCAGGCCCACAGAACAUAACAACGUCUCUUCAUCAGACUGUUGUUUUGGAAUGCGUGGCCACGGGAAAUCCUAAACCAAUCAUUUCUUGGAGCCGUCUUGAUCACAAGUCCAUUGAUGUCUUUAAUACUCGGGUACUUGGAAAUGGUAAUCUCAUGAUAUCUGAUGUCAGACUGCAACAUGCUGGAGUGUAUGUAUGUCGGGCCACCACCCCAGGCACACGCAACUUUACUGUUGCUAUGGCAACUUUAACGGUAUUAGCUCCUCCUUCAUUUGUUGAAUGGCCAGAAAGCUUAACAAGGCCUCGAGCAGGCACUGCUCGAUUUGUAUGUCAAGCAGAAGGAAUCCCCUCACCCAAAAUGUCAUGGUUGAAAAAUGGGAGGAAGAUACAUUCAAAUGGUAGAAUUAAAAUGUACAACAGUAAAUUGGUAAUUAACCAGAUCAUUCCUGAAGAUGAUGCGAUUUAUCAGUGCAUGGCUGAAAACAGUCAAGGAUCUAUUCUAUCUAGAGCAAGACUGACUGUAGUAAUGUCGGAAGACAGACCCAGCGCUCCCUACAAUGUGCAUGCCGAAACCAUGUCAAGUUCAGCCAUCCUUUUAGCUUGGGAGAGGCCACUUUAUAAUUCAGACAAAGUCAUCGCUUAUUCUGUGCACUAUAUGAAAGCAGAAGGUUUAAAUAAUGAAGAAUAUCAAGUAGUCAUCGGAAAUGACACAACUCAUUAUAUUAUUGAUGACUUAGAACCUGCUAGCAAUUACACUUUCUACAUUGUGGCAUAUAUGCCAAUGGGAGCCAGCCAGAUGUCUGACCAUGUGACACAGAAUACAUUAGAAGAUGUUCCCCUGAGACCUCCUGAAAUUAGUUUGACAAGUCGAAGUCCUACUGACAUCCUCAUCUCCUGGCUGCCGAUCCCGGCCAAGUAUCGGCGGGGCCAAGUGGUCCUGUAUCGCCUGUCCUUCCGCCUCAGUACUGAGGAUUCCGUCCAAGUUCUGGAGCUCCCAGGGACCGCACAUGAGUACCUUCUGGAAGGCCUGAAACCUGAUAGUGUCUACCUGGUGCGGAUCACUGCGGCCACCAGAGUGGGGCUGGGAGAGUCAUCAGUGUGGACUUCACAUAGGACACCCAAGGCCACAAGUGUGAAAGCCCCUAAGUCUCCAGAGUUACAUUUGGAGCCUCUGAAUUGUACCACCAUUUCUGUGAAGUGGCAGCAAGAUGCUGAGGACACAGCAGCCAUUCAGGGCUACAAGCUGUACUACAAAGAAGAAGGGCAGCAAGAAAAUGGACCCAUUUUCUUAGACAUCAGUGACCUUCUCUAUACUCUCAGUGGUUUAGACCCCAGAAGAAAAUAUCAUGUGAGGCUACUGGCUUACAACAACAUAGAAGAUGGCUAUCAGGCAGACCAGACAGCCAGCACUCCUGGAUGCGUGUCUGUUCGUGAUCGCAUGGUUCCUCCUCCACCACCACCCCACCACCUCUAUGCGGAGGCUAACACCUCGUCUUCCGUCUUCCUGCACUGGCGGAGACCUGCGUUUACCACUGCACAGAUAAUUAACUACACCAUCCGCUGUAACCCCGUCGGCCUGCAGAAUGCUUCUUUGGUUCUAUACCUUCAAACAUCAGAAACUCACAUGUUGGUUCAGGGUCUAGAACCCAACACCAAAUAUGAAUUUGCUGUGCGAUUGCAUGUGGAUCAGCUUUCCAGUCCCUGGAGCCCUGUUGUCUACCAUUCUACACUUCCAGAAGCCCCAGCAGGCCCACCAGUUGGAGUAAAAGUGACGUUGAUAGAGGAUGACACCGCUCUGGUUUCUUGGAAACCCCCCGAUGGCCCCGAGACAGUGGUGACGCGCUAUACCAUCCUGUACGCGUCCAGGAAGGCCUGGAUUGCAGGAGAAUGGCAGGUCCUACACCGAGAAGGGGCAAUAACCAUGGCUUUGCUGGAAAACCUGGUGGCAGGAAAUGUGUACAUUGUCAAGAUAUCUGCAUCCAAUGAGGUGGGAGAAGGACCCUUUUCAAAUUCUGUGGAACUGGCAGUCCUUCCAAAGGAAACCUCUGAGUCGAAUCAGAGGCCCAAGCGUUUGGAUUCUGCUGAUGCCAAAGUUUAUUCAGGCUAUUACCAUCUGGACCAGAAAUCAAUGACCGGCAUUGCCGUGGGCGUUGGCAUAGCCUUGACCUGCAUCCUCGUCUGUGUUCUCAUCCUGAUAUACCGAAGUAAAGCCAGGAAAUCAUCUGCUUCCAAGACAGCACAGAAUGGAACUCAACAGCUGCCUCGUACUAGCGCCUCCCUAGCCAGUGGAAAUGAAGUAGGAAAGAACCUAGAAGGAGCUGUAGAAAAUGAAGAAUCCUUAAUGCCAAUGAUAAUGCCAACCAGCUUCAUUGAUGCAAAGGGAGGAACUGAUCUGAUAAUUAAUAGCUAUGGUCCUAUAAUUAAAAACAACUCUAAGAAAAAGUGGCUUUUUUUCCAAGAUACUAAGAAGACAAAAGUUGAGCAGCCUCAAAGAAGAUUUGCUCAAGCAGUUUGCUUUUACCAGCCAGGCACUACGGUAUUAAUCAGUGAUGAAGACUCUCCCAGCUCUCCAGGUCAGACAACCAGCUUCCCAAGACCCUUUGGUGUUGUAGCUGAUACUGAGCAUUCAGCAAAUAGUGAAGGCAGCCAUGAGACUGGGGAUUCUGGAAGGUUCUCCCAUGAGUCCAAUGAUGAGAUACACCUAUCCUCAGUUAUAAGCACCACACCCUUGACCUCCAGUUCCUUUGCUGGCAGUGAUGCAGGUGGGGAUCCCUCAGUGAGGAAGUGUGAAGACCCUGCAGUGGCACUAGAUGCUGAGCAAGCGUCCCCUUCUGUUCUGCAGCCAACGUUGGCCAUGCUACACUUUGAUAAAAAUGAUUUUCCAAUCUAG